CCGGGGCGGGCGGCGGGCCGCGAUGGCGUCGCCCCCGCUGGCGGCGGCCGCGGCCGGGAGCGGCAGCGAGGCGAGCUCGGCAUCUGAGGAAGCGGCGACGACGCCGCCAGCGGACCGCGACCUGGCCGCGCUGUUCGAGCAGGCAGCGCAGCGGCUGCCGGCGCUGCUGCCCGCCGCCAGCAAGGAGCAGCUGCUCUACCUGUACGCCCGCUACAAGCAGGUGAAGUUUGGAACCUGUAACACUCCCAAGCCAGGCUUCUUUGAUUUUGAGGGGAAGCAGAAAUGGGAAGCUUGGAAAGCCCUGGGAGAUGUCAGCCCUCAUCAGGCUAUGCAGGAGUAUGUUGCUACAGUGAAAAAACUGGACCCCAGUUGGAAUCCACAGAUGACAGAGAAGAAGGUAAAGGAAAACAAAACUGCAUUUGGAGGACCAGUGGUCAGCUCGUUGUAUCAAGAAGAAACAAUCAGGGAAGAAGACAAGAACAUUUUUGAUUACUGCAGAGAAAACAACAUUGACUACGUAACCAAAGCCAUUCGAUCCAGAAAAGUGGAUGUGAAUGUCACAGAUGAGGAGGGCCGGGCUCUGCUCCACUGGGCGUGCGACAGAGGACACAAGGAGCUGGUUUCAGUGCUCUUACAGCACGAUGCUGAAGUUAACAGCCAGGUGGGAAAACUGAGGCACAGAACCGUUUGGGUUCAGCUGCUGUUUGCGGCAGAGCUCCUUCUGCCCGUGCUGUGCCUUCCCUGUCCCCAAGGGAAGGAGGGCUGGAGGGAGCAGUCCCAACGAUCAUAGGCUGAGAGGGGAGCUUUCAGAGCCUGCCGCGCGGUUGGACUUGUGGUAGAUGAUCAAAUGAAAGAGCAGCUUCGUGCCUUGUGAAACAGAAAAAUGGUAAAUCAGCUACUAAUACAAUUCACAGAGGCUGCUAAGAGGCUGCUGGACAUCACAAAAACGGCAACCCCUGGAGGUGAUGAGACGGGAGCUGCUUAAGUCAACGCGUGCAGUCAGCUGCUCCCUGGCAGUGGUCCACUCUGGGGCAGGAUCCAGGCUCUGCUGUCUUCCUCCCUCUGGCAGACAGCUGUGAGAACGUCCUCUCUAAUUCCAGAUUAGCCACAGAGAAGAGUCCUCAUCCUUAAGAAACAGGCGUGCUUGGGAGGGAAAGGCUGUCUGGGGGCUGCAGGGCACAGCACUGUCCUGAGAGCCUUUCAGAGGUCUGAGCAAUCAUCUCUGGAACUGGGGUUUAGUAAGGGAGUGGCAAAAAAAGAAGUGACUUGCAAGCUGAGGACCAUGGGCCACAGUCACUCAGCUCCCCAGGCUUGGCUUAGUGAAGUCCAGAUCUCAUUUAAUGAGUUCAGACCAUCUUGAAGUGGAAAGUUUUGAUUUUGCAUCCCAAGCUGAGGAGGGCUUAUGAGACCAAACCAGAGUCUUCAAAAUCUUUAUCCUCACCAGCUUAGAAGAGGAAAAGAUCCCUGGGCUGUUAGCAUCAUCUCUGCCCCUCUUGUGGCACCUUGCCCGGUGCAGUGUGGCUGCACUUCCAUUGCAGUCAUCACAAUGUGUGACCUCCCUGCAGGUCCCAUGGCAGGAUCCUGGGGCAUUUCAGCUGACCCUGCCUUGGCCCAAGUCAGUGAAAACCAAACUGUGGGUUCAGACUAGGUGCUGCUUUGGCCCACCAA